UCAGUUUACGGUUUCUAGUCAGAAAUUGGGUUGUAUGUGAUUAUUUUUCCGCCAUGGAUAAAAAGAAAAAACAGUACAAUGUGACUGCCUCAUCGCUGGUUGAUUUGAAGGCCGAGCUCUAUCGAAAACAGGAGCAAUUUAAACAGGACAAACUCGGACAGGAUGCAGGAUCCGAACCCAAAUCCAAAGCCAAAAUUAAGAAGCCUACUGUCUGGACUAAACACAAUGAAGGCGUGUCUGCUCGUGCUCAGAAAGACGUAGAACAGAGCGUAGAGGAAGAGAACACCUUGGACAAGUCAAAGCAGAAAUUAGAGGAGAAAGCGCGUCUGUAUGAACAGAUGACGAAAGGAGAUUUUCCAGAUGAGGAGACAGAGGGCCUUUUCUUGGUGGACUUCACUCAGAAAAUCAUUGACCAGAAGAAAGCAGCACACACGCAGCGAGAGGAUGAGGGACCAGAUCGAGACGGAGAGGAUGCUGAUACACGGGUCCCCAUACCACCACCACAGAACCCAGAGGAGGAAUGGGUGGACUAUGUGGAUGCGUUGGGAAGAUCUCGUAGGUGUUUGAAAAAGGACCUGCCAGAGUUUCAAAAAAUGGACCAGGACUUAAAAGGCAAAAGGGAGAGUGCAGUGGUGAAGACUCUGCUGUCUGAUGACAUGAGGAGGGAGAUGCAGAGGGAGCAGUGGGAGAGAGAGGAGGAGGACCAGAUGAGCAGACCAGUGGGACCCAUACAUUAUGAGAACAUCAGAGAACAGGAGGCCAGGGAACUAGGUGUGGGGUACUAUGCGUUUGCUCAGGAUGAACAGUUGCGGAGGAAACAGAGGGACACUCUGGACAUGUUGAGAGACCAGACGACAGAGCAGCGCACUAAGCGUGAACAGCUGAAAGAGAAGAGGAAAGCUCUUCUGGAGGCUCGGUUGGCCAAAGUGAGGAUGAGGAAGACGAAGAAGAGCAAACUGGAACUGGGAACUGGAGAGGAGGAAGGUGCUGGUGCUGAUGCUGGUGCUGCGGUGGUUGCUGGAGGAGACGAUGAGGAUGAGGAGGGUGGUGAUGAAGCUGUGAUUGGACCCCCUGCCCCUCAGGGUCCUGCUGUACAGAAAGUAGAGGUGGAAAUACAGGAGAGAAAAGACACCAAACCAGGAGUCCCUCAUGUCAGGGAGUGGGACAGGGGAAAAGAAUUCUCCUGGGGUCAGUGGGCGAGUCGACGUCGGGACGAACGGGAUUCUGAGUUUGCCCCGCCCUCUGCCUACUUCACAGAGAGGAGAGCCAAUCAGAACAGGACUACGGAUGAUGGGCAGAGCAAAGCCAAACUUUCCUUUAAGUGGUCUGAUUCACAGAGAGGAACAAACAGAGAAGCCAGACAGGCACACACACAGUAUUCACAGGAUUCACACACCAGCACACACACAGCUCCUCAGCAAAAGCCCCAGUCAUCUGCCCAGACGCAGAGUUUAGACGACUUACUGUCUUUCUAUAAACAUUCUACCUGAACACUGACCUUAAGAUGACCUCGCUCACAGUUUAUCUUGAGAGUGGAAAUCCAUGGUUAUCUCAGUUGUCAUCUCCUUAGCAACAGAUCUUUCUCCUUAGCAACACUUCCUUCACAUCACCUCUGGUUGAUGGCCUGUUAGCAUGGAGUGUUUCUGGAUUCAUGACUGUAAUUUUUUUUCAGUUUAUGAGUUUAC